UGUAACAGAUUACUGGGUUGGGAGCAUCUGGCUGAGGAUUUAGUCAAAGAAAGCCUGCUGCCGUUCACGCGCGUCUGAACCGCUCCUGGAGAAAGGUUCUUGUUCUUCAGUUAAACUUAGACCUUUAGAGGAAGUAAGCAUUAAGAGAAGACCGGGUUAACAAGAUCUGGAUGUACAAGAACAAAAGUGCUAAUAUCUCCAACAUCUGAAAAACAGGAAGACUCGUCUGACUGGCAAACUGAAGACUUCAGUAGCAAAACUUCCAGAGUCAGAAUGAACACAGAUAGUGGUGGGUGUGCUCGCAGACGUGCUGCCAUGUCUGUCAAAUUAACAGCGGUGAAGAGAGUUCAGAGUUCUCCGAACCUAUUGACUGCAGGACUCGAUUCCCAUUCACCAGAUUCAGCUUGGAGGUCAUUUAACAGUGGAAGUAGAGAGACACUGAAUGGAGACACCAGCAGCUCCUCUCUUGCAGCAAAAGGCUUUCGAAGCGUCCGACCAAAUCUACAAGAAAAGAAAUCACCAACUCAGGCUCAGAUAACAGUGAAUGGGAAUUCUAGUUUGGCAACCAGCCCAAUGAGUUACUUCCAAAGGCCUUUCUCCCCUUCUUUGGCGUACUCUCCACCAGUCUCAUUCAGUUCAAGCACCUCUCUCCUGCAACAGAGCAGGACAAUGGAAUCCACAGAGACGUACUCACAGCAUACACACUCUGUUGGUGGCGGUGACAGCAGCAGCAGCACAACCACCACCACCAUACCUAUCUGUAGGACUUCAGAGGAAGAGAAGAAAGUCACAGUAAUUAAAGCACCACAUUAUGCAGGAAUUGGGCCAGUUGAUGAAUCAGGAAUUCCAACGGCAAUUAGAACGACUGUUGAUAGGCCAAAGGAUUGGUAUAAGACAAUGUUCAAGCAAAUCCAUAUGGUUCAUAAGCCCGAUGAUGACACUGACAUGUAUAAUACUUCAUAUGCAUAUAAUACUGGUAACUUCAAUCCAUCACUUUCUACUCAAGCACACCCUGUUGCAAAGACUCAGACAUACAGACCACUGACAAAAAGUACUUCUGACAAUAGCACUGAGGCCUUUAAGGUCUCUUCACCUCCACCACCUCCAGUACCACCAGUUCGUCCUUGGCAAAGAUCUGCCUCAGAAAAAAAUGAGUGGGAGCCUCCUGACAGAAAAGUAGAUACCCGCAAAUUCCGUUCAGAACCAAGAAGCAUUUUUGAAUAUGAGCCGGGAAAGUCUUCUAUCCUUGAACAUGAAAGACCAACUGAUCGCAUAAAUCCAGAUGACAUAGAUUUAGAAAAUGAACCCUGGUAUAAAUUCUUUUCAGAACUGGAGUUUGGACGUCCGCCUCCUAAAAAGGUUUUGGAUUAUGUUCAAGACAAUCCUCCAGGUCUUUCCAAAGAGACCUCUUUAUACUACAGUCCAACAGACAGACGGAUGGACAGACCUUCUAGUUCUGCAAGUACCGCAAGUGACUACAGAAAAAGAAGGAAGUCAGAGCCUGCAGUAACUCAUCAGAAAGUCCACACUGAUCAGAAUGCAGAUCGCUCCACUCUUGGUCGUACAAAUACGCAGAACGCCUAUUCAGCACAUAGGAUGCCUGUUACAACCUCUUCUCCAUCUUCUCCAUCAAAAGCGAAAGGUGGGGAUAUUAGCAAAAUGUAUUCAUCCCUUUCCGGUUAUUCAGUCCCCAACCAGAACACCUCAAACAAUUUAGAUUAUUGUAGAAAUUAUGGGCAGCGUUUAGCUGUUCCAAGUGACUCAAGAAGAGCCAUCAGCUACAAGAAUGGCUGGCAAAUGGCCCGUCAGAAUGCAGAAGUCUGGAGCAGCACUGAAGAAACUUCAUCUCCCAAGCGUAAAUCUCGCAGCUACGAUGACCUACUAGCCGAUGAUCAUUGUCACUUCUCCGACACACAGAAUAAAUCUGAAAGUAUGGUGUCUCUAUUAUGUGCAGACAAUUCCAAAGGUGAUUCCUCCCUUACCUGGGCUUCCCCAUAUUCUUCUGAGAGUCGUGGUUCCAGUCAGUCAAGGGCACAUCUUAGAUCUGCCCAUGAUGCUCCUGGAUUCCUAAAAAUGUAUAAAAGAAUGCACCGCAUCAAUCGCAAAGACUUGCUUAAUUCUGAGGUGAUCUGCUCUGUAAAAUCCAGAGUACUACAGUAUGAAAAGGAACAGCAUAAAAGCUUACUGCAUGGGUGGAAAGAAUCCUCCACUGAGGAGGUACCAAGGGACAUGGUGCCCAAUAGAAUAUCUGAAUUUGAAAAGCUAAUUCAGAAAUCCAAAUCAAUGCCAAAUUUAGGGGAAGAAGCAUUAUCAACUGUAAGCCUCCUGGAACCCCCUAAAAAUGGCUUUUGUGCAAUGAGACGGUUUUCUAUUGAAUCCUUGCUGGAGGAAGAAAAUCAAAAUAGGCACACUACUCAGGUGCAAGGGAAUUACAAGUCUAAAACUCUUGUGCCAAUUCACAUUGAAGUAACUAGUGAGGAACCACAAAGAUCUCAGAUGGACUAUUCAGACAGUGACCAAGAUGGGGUGGUCUCUGACAUGAGUGACUUCAUACAGAUAGAAGGCUCAUCUUUCUGCAGCGAAAGUGAUUUUGAUCACUUUUCCUUCACAUCCUCAGAAAGCUUUUAUGGAUCAGGCCACCACCACCAUCAUAAGCAUCUUAUCAGCUCCUGCAAAGGAAGAUGCCCAGCAUCAUAUACACGCUUCACCACCAUGCUAAAGCACGAAAGGGCUAAGCAGGAAACUACCCCAGAAGAUCCUAGACGACAAGAUCCUGAUGCUGGCCUCUCUAAAAUAGCAUUCCUGGUCAGCCCAGUGCCUUUCCGGAGGAAAAAAAACACAAUCCCCAAAAAGCAGGUUGAAAAGACUAAAUGCAAAUCAUCUGUCUUUGAUGCCCUGGACUCUGCUCUUAAAGAUAUCUGUGACCAAAUCAAAGCAGAAAAAAGAAGGGGAAGCUUGCCUGACAAUAGUAUAUUGCACAGACUUAUUUCUGAGUUGCUUCCAGACAUUCCUGAAAGGAAUUCCUCCCUUAAAGCUUUUAGAAAGAGCCCCAUGCACCAGCCUUUCCAUCCACUGCCUCAUGAUGGUGCUAUUCACUGUCCAUUGUACCAGAAUGAAUGCGGAAGUCUGCCUCCCAGUGCCUCUUAUCAAGAUGUGGAUACUACCAACAACAGCAACCAGGAACGUGAUAAUGCACUAUUAGACCAGGAAUCUCCUGGAAACUAUUCUUCUGCUUUCACUGAUGUGAGUCGAUGUAUUCCAAAGGAAAGAAGAGGAACUCCAGACAGAGAGAGACUGCCAGCUAGAGCAGUAUAUGAUUUUAAGGCUCAAACCUCUAAAGAGCUGCCCUUUAAGAAAGGAGAUACUAUCUAUAUCCUCAGGAAAGUGGAUCAAAACUGGUACGAGGGCGAACACUACGGAAGAGUUGGGAUUUUUCCUAUUUCUUAUGUUGAGAAACUUAUUCCCCCAGAGAAAGCACAGCCAGCAAGACCACCACCCCCAGCACAUGUUGCCGAGAUUGGAGAAGCUACUGCAAAAUAUAAUUUCAAUGCAGACACAAAUGUGGAACUUUCGUUGAGAAAGGGAGACAAAGUCAUUCUUCUUAGACGGGUUGAUCAAAACUGGUAUGAAGGCAAACUACCAGGAACAAAUAAGCAAGGAAUCUUCCCAGUAUCCUAUGUAGAAGUCAAAAAGAGUGUGGCCAGAGGAGAAGAUGGUUAUCCUGUUCCACCGAUACCCCAGAGUUACUCAAGUGACAGAAUCCACCAUUUAAGUUCAACUAAGCCACAGCGGCCUGUGUUUGCUCAUGAAAAUAUACACAGUGGGGGGGAACCGUUUCAGGUUCUGUAUAACUAUACUCCUAGGAACGAAGAUGAAUUGGAGCUGAGAGAGGGAGAUGUCAUUGAUGUGAUGGAAAAGUGUGAUGAUGGAUGGUUUGUGGGAACCUCCAGAAGAACAAAAUUUUUUGGUACUUUCCCUGGAAACUAUGUCAAGAGGCUGUGAAAUGAUUAUUUGUUUUUGUUCAUUUCUUAUUUAUGCUGCAUCUCUGCCACACAUCUGCAUAAAAACUGCUAGAAAACAUCCUCCACCAGCCUUCAGUUUUCCUGCUUUGCAAUUCCAGGUAGAAGUCAUCUAGCUCAUAUUCACCAUCUUCAUCCCCAUCUGCCAGCCAGCAGUAUUAUUCAACAGCUAUAAUGAAAUCCCUGAGCUUUUGUGAAACAAGAGGAAUUAGUUCUAUGCGAAACGUAUCUUUUUAUGCCUUCGAUUUUUGUCUGCCAAUGCCAAUUUGGAAAGCGCAUAUAAAAAAUGCUUAAUGGAAGAAAUAGCAUGGCACUUCAAAAUGUUACCAGUUAUUUGAGGGAAAUUGCAAUAGUAUCCUUAUAAGAAAAAAAAUAUUAUCUACUCUCACCUAAUAUAUAGAACAGAUUGCGAUUUACUACAGUUUAAUGGGUUUUCUUUCUUUUUUUUUUGAGUUUUCACAUUUUUAGCUCAGCAAAUGUAUGUUGCUGUCAGUUUGCUGUGUCACAAGUUUGCCUCUUUUUUUACCCAUUUGCAAGAUACAAUAAGUACUGAAAUAGGUUGUUUCCAAAUAUAUGUUGCAACAUCUGCAGAAUGCCUGUAAAGUUUUAUGCAGAAAUAAUCAAAAGGAGAAUUGAUACUAGAAUACUUCGUAAGCCAUGAUUUCCAGUUGCAUCUCAUAAGAUCUUUUAUUAGAAUUGGGUCAGUGAGGGUCGUAAAUUGGUUAAAAAAAAUUUUUUUUCCAAAUAGUCAGAGCUUUAGACACGAAUUUAGCAAGUACAGGAGCAUGGGUUAGCUUUCCUGCACCUGCAUGUAUUAAUAUAUAAAGGAGAAGAACUUGCAUCUCUUUGUAGGAAGAAGCAGAUGCUCCCAAUGCAGUGAUGUCUCCAGAGGGAAAAUCUGUCAUAUGCUAUCGAUAUGUGCAAAUACAGGAAACUUGAGUUGGAUGUACUUUCUGUGUUCAUAUAAUUAAUGUCUUAAAUCAAGUGGAGAGAAGUGUGCACAUGUCUCUACGGGAUGAAGUGGAUGAUUCCCAGUGCAGUUACAGCAUACAUAUCUCUCAGCAGGAAAAGAGGGACAGCUUGAUAUGUGUAACUACAGUAGGCAUGUAUCCUGUACUUACACAUAUCUUUAACUCCUGCAGCUCAUUGAAAGGAAACUAUGUUUGCUACUUGACAUUAGGAAAGCUCAGAAAUACUGGAAAAUCAUGAAUCAUUAUGAAGCAAGCUAACAAUGAAUAAAUGCCUGCUAUAUAAAAAACAUGUUGGAAGUGCAAUAGAGUAUGUAAAGUCUAAUUCAUUUAUUACAUGAAAAUUCGGCAACGAAAGAGCAAUGUUAAUAUUCUGCUUGAUUGUGGCACAGUCAUGGUAGGGAGGAGAGUUGGGGAGAUCUACACAAAGUAUUACCUGAUGCUAUUAUUUUGCUAGUUGUCUGAACUGUAUUUUCUUUCUAGCAACAUAGCAUUAAAACAAAGAAGCAAAAAAGGCACAAACAGGAAAAUUAGUUCAUGUGGAUGGAUUUUCAUUUUUGGAACAGUAUAAAAUAUUGAACACAAUAUCUUUGUGUGUGUGUGCAAAUUUAGACAUCAAUAGUAGAUGAUGAAAACACAGGAUUUACCAUAUCUAUGGUUUUAUGUAAAGCAGUCCAGAUUUGGUUUUGCUGGCACCUUACAAAAGGCAAAAAAGAAAAUCUUCUACUGCAUUUCUAUCAUGGAAAAGGACAGAUCUCAUAAAUUUGUAGGCUUGUAGUAUUUUGUAUAUAUAUUUGCUUUUUUUGUACAGAGCCAUUUUAUUGUUGAUUUUUAAGGGGAAAAAAUCAUAUUGUCAAUCAACUCAUCCCCUUUCCACCAAUAAAACAUCACCUUCUUAUUUCGUUAGUCCCUCCUCCAGCAUAUAAGCACACUUGGAUAGUCCAUUUCUGUAAAUUAGCAAUUGAAGCAAAAGUUUUAUGAAUAAUAAUAUGGUUUACCAGCCAGAUUUUUAAAGUGUACAUAUGUCUUUAAUAUGGAGAAAUAUCAAUAGGAUGGCAAAAGAAACAUCUUUGUGCUGCAUAACUUUAUUACUGCAAAUUUCAUGGCAAAAGCUUGAUACUUCCAAGGCUUUUCAUUAUAAACUAAAUGUGCAUGCAGCUUUGCUGUGAAACCAGUAAUGAUCUUUGAUGCCAUUUAUGAUGGAGGACUUGUCUGUCACCAGUGGUAUUUUUUAAAAAGCACUGUUUCUAUUCUGUAUCUGAUUUUAAUAGAAGAUGUUUUUCAUACCUGUUUUCAGGUAAUUGACUCUGAAUUCUUACUUGCAAAGGAUCUCUGUGUUUCUUUUUCCUUGAAGAUACUUCUAAUAAAAAUGGCUUGAAGUA